CUUUCACAUUGAUUGAGAUUUCGUUGCGCGCCUCAAAGCUCCUUCGACCUCUGGAUCGAUUACUCCCAAGCUUUCAUCUGAUUCCGGUUUCACUUCUCUCAGGCUUAAAUGGGUAAGAAGAAGUCAGACGAGAGUGCUACCACGAAUGGAAAAUAUUCUUCUAAGGAGAAACUUUCAGUCUUGGCCAUUCUUGCUCAGAAAGAUAAUAUACCCAAGAAGGGUUCAUCAUCCAGAGCCAAGACUGCUCCAAAAGAUUCAUCCUACGUUGAUGACUUAGAUUAUCCUCCUCAUGAUGAAGAAGACGAACACGAUGGCUUUUCUGAUGAGAAUCGGGGACCGAUGCAUGCGAUGGGAAAUCAGAAGAGCAAACAAAAGCAACUUGAUUUCUCUGUGACUGAUAAGAAGCAGAAGAAGCUAGAGAAUAAAGAAAGAUUAGCUCUCCAGGCUGCAGAGAUUGCAAAGAGGGAGGCCUUGAAGGAUGACGACCACGACACAUUCACGGUGGUUAUGGGAAGCAAGACCUCGGUGAUUGAAGGAGAAAACACGGGAGAUGCGAAUGUUAAAGAUAUAACGAUCAAUUAUUUUUCCGUCUCUGUUCGAGGGAAAGAACUUCUGAAGAAUGCCUCACUCAUGGUAUCACACGGAAAAAGAUAUGGAUUGGUCGGGCCGAAUGGAAUGGGAAAGUCUACACUGUUAAAGCUUUUAGCGUGGAGGAAGAUUCCAGUUCCGAAGAAUAUUGACAUUCUUCUUGUUGAGCAAGAGGUGGUCGGUGAUGGAACGAGCGCUCUGGAAGCAGUUGUUUCUGCCAACGAAGAGUUGGUUAAGUUUAGGAAAGAAGCUGAAGCUCUGGAAGCUGCAGCUCUGCAGAAUUCGUCUUCUGAUGAUGAUAUUGGAGUAAAGCUGACUGAAGUGUAUGACAAGCUACAGGAGUUGAAGUCAGAUGCUGCCGAAGCGCAGGCGUCCAAAAUUCUUGCGGGGUUAGGUUUUACAAAAGAUAUGCUAGCGAGUCCAACUAAGUUACUCAGUGGUGGCUGGAGGAUGCGAAUAUCAUUGGCUAGAGCUCUCUUUGUGCGACCUACUCUUCUGUUGUUAGAUGAACCUACCAACCAUCUCGACCUGAGAGCUGUUCUAUGGUUAGAGGAGUAUUUGUGUCGCUGGAAGAAUACGUUGGUUGUUGUUUCACAUAAUGUUGAUUUCCUCAACACUGUCUGUACGGAUAUAAUACAUUUGCAUGACCAGAAUCUCCACAGCUAUCGUGGUAAUUUCGAUGCUUUCGAGACUGGUUAUGGUCAGCGACGUAAGGAGAUGAACAAAAAGUUUGAGAUUUACGAGAAACGGAUCAAAGCAGCUAAGAGAUCUGGAAACCAGGCUCAACAGGAGAAGGUAAAGGACUUGGCCAAGUUUUCUGCAGCUAAAGAAGCAUCCAAGCGUAAGGCAAAGGGUAAGGCGAUGGAUGAGGAGGGUCCAGCACCAGAAGCUCCAAGAAAGUGGAGAGAUUAUAGCGUGGUGCUCGAUUUUCCAGAACCAACCGAGCUCCCUCCUCCUCUUCUACAGUUGAUUGAGGUUAGCUUCUGCUACCCCAACAGGCCGGAUUUCAGGCUCUCAAAUGUUGAUGUAGGUAUAGAUAUGGGGACACGAGUAGCGAUAGUUGGGCCUAACGGAGCUGGAAAGUCCACUCUUUUAAAUCUUGUUGCGGGAGAUUUAGUUCCGACUGAGGGCGAAGUGAGAAGAAGCCAGAAGCUGAGGAUCGGCAGGUACUCUCAGCACUUUGUUGACCAGCUAACAAUGGGAGAGACACCAGUUCAGUAUCUUCUUCGUCUGCACCCUGACCAAGAGGGAUGUAGUAAACAAGAGGCGGUGCGUGCGAAACUGGGUAAGUUUGGGCUACCAAGUCACAAUCAUUUAGCUGCAAUUGCGAAAUUGUCUGGAGGACAAAAGGCUAGGGUUGUGUUAGCCUCAAUCUCAAUGUCGAAGCCACACAUUUUGCUUCUUGACGAGCCAACAAAUCACCUGGACAUGCAGACUAUUGAUGCGUUGGCGGAUGCACUAGAUGGGUUCAAAGGAGGAGUUGUGUUGGUGAGUCACGACUCGAGGCUCAUAUCGCGUGUCUGUGAGGAAGAGGAUAAGAGUGAAAUCUGGGUUGUAGACGACGGAGCAGUGACUUUCUUCCAAGGCACAUUUGAUGAUUACAAAGAAGAACUCAAAACAGAAAUCAAAGCAGAGGUUGAUGACUUAACUUCUCUUCAGAGCAGAGGUUGAUGAGUUAAGUUCAUCUCAGGAACUCUAACUCCUCAGGAACAAAAACUGGCGCACCUAACACAUUUAAGCCUGUAGAUACAAUAAACUAUCUUUGACAUAAGCUGGCCUGAAACGACUUCUUAUUAUUACUAUUAUUUAUUUAUUUUUUAAUUAUCUUUGGUGACUAGUUUAACUUUUGUUUUUUGCACUAUUGCUCGAAAUUACUUCACAUGUCUCUGCAUAUGCUCCUCGGAAGCUUGGACAGGGUUUUUAGUUAAUAAAGAUUUGAUUU